AUGGUUCGCUACGGAGCAACCUCCAUUGACGGCGCAAAGUCUGCCCGCGCCCGCGGCAGCUACCUCCGCGUUUCCUUCAAGAACACCCGCGAGACCGCUCAGGCCGUCAACGGCUGGAAGCUCGAGCGCGCCCUUACCUACCUCGGAAAUGUCCUGGAGCACAAGGAGGCCGUUCCCAUGAGGCGGUACGCUGGCAGCACUGGACGCACUGCUCAGGGCAAGGCUUUCGGUGUUUCCAAGGCCCGCUGGCCCGUCAAGUCCGCUGAGAUCCUCAUCGGUCUCCUCAAGAACGCUGAGGCCAACGCCGACACCAAGGGCCUCGACACCAGCAACCUGAUCAUCAAGCACAUCCAGGUCAACCAGGCUCCCAAGCAGCGAAGGCGCACUUACCGUGCUCACGGUCGUAUCAACCCAUACAUGUCCAACCCCUCCCACAUCGAGCUUAUCCUUACCGAAGGUGCCGAGGUCGUCCAGAAGGGUCCCCAGACUCUCGAGCGCCGCUUGAACUCCAGGCAGCGUGGCCGUGCUGUCCGCAAGGCCAUCACCGCCUCUGAGGAAUAG